UAUUUGUUUGGAUUUGAGGAAUAGCCAUGGCUGCUAACAGGUCUGGUGUCUCCAAUCCGACGGCGAAGGAUCCGAAACUGGAUGAUGAGUUUGAUGAUAUGGAUGAAGAAGACGAUGUUUGGAGCGAUGAUGGGUGGGAGUACGUACUACGUGAAAUUUCAUCUGACGGGCUUAGAAAAGAGGGUCCUGUGAUCCGUCGUCUCUGCAAAUUGGCUUUAACUGAUUACCAGAAUAGCCAUCAGGCAGGAGAAACUUAUGAGUUUGUGAGCCUACAGAAUGUACUGUGCGGGCUUGUUUCGGGUAUAGAGUAUUCCGUUACAUUUUCCCCCAAAAAUAUGAAGAACGAUGUGGUUGAAACAUUUGAAGCUCGUGGUUAUGAUUUUAUAGGAGGAGAUGAGUUGAAAAUUUAGAGUUGCACCCUGAAAUAAUAGGGUAUUUAGCACGACGGUUUGUUUUUAGGAAUGUCAGCACUUCUCUGUUUUUUUUUUUUGUUUUUUUUUUUUGAAUCUUGCUGUAAUUUCCGCUAAUCAAUCUAAUCUAGUAUGUAACUGAAUCAUGAAUAUUAUGGUCUAUUUUGUUAUUGUUU